ACCCUAGAUUGCGUUUCUCUAUUGAAUUCAAUUCAGCCACCGGUUUAUUCAAUUUAAUUGAUUUUUCAUAAUUCCAUUGAUUUAUCGUAAUACCAUUUUCUUCGGCUUGAGUGAUCUUCUGAUUAAUCGAAAACCUUCGCCUUUUAAGAACCCUAAAAAAUCAAUAAUCUUUGGCUGAUUUUCUCCAAUAUUCUGUUAUUUGAUUAAUCCUCUCGAAUUUGAUCGGUUACCAUAUUAGAAACUUGGACGAUUACGUACCCAUUUCUUAAUAAUUUCGAUUAAGAAGCCGAAUCCCUCACAUAAGACUUGUAGGUAAGUUUCUAAAAAGUGAGGGUCUCGCAGCCAUUUUUUGAGGAGUUUAAGUCUGCAUAGAUUUAAAAUUGUUGAAGAUGAUGGCAACUGAACAAAACAAGCCAAGUGUCAUUGCAAAGUUGAUGGGUCUUGACGAAGUGCCGUCUAAGCAGCAGCCCGUUUAUAGACACAUUAGGGUCUUUUCUGAAAAUUAUCUACAGAAAUCUGCCUCUAUAGUUUCACGACAGAAAAGAUCAAGUAAAUCUAGGCAAAAGAGUCGGCAGAUAUUGAAGAAGGCGAAUGCAACAAUAAAUGAUUCAAGCAAGGAUGUUUCAUUGAGAUAUGUUGAGCAAAAAAGGGAUUCUUUUGAUGGUAAGCAGUAUUUGAAGUCAACAAUUGUCGAUCAUCAAAACAACGCGCAGAAUGGAAAAUUAGGCAAGGGUAUUGAAGAAAGAAAUGGUUCGCCUGCAAAUGUUCCCAGAUCGAAUAUUGGGAAUGUAAAACGUGGCUCUAAACCUUCUUUUUUACUUGAUUCUGAUACUACAUUUGCCUGGGAAUUUAAGAAGCAGCUUCUUGAAAGAUCCAAAAGGACCAAAAUUUGUCAAGAAAUUUGGUCUAGCAGACGGGUUAAUAAUCUAGUCGAAGGACCAUCUUUGCCUGAUUUUGAGUCCAAACAGAGAUCAAAGUUGGGAACACAGGUUGUUAUCUGCAAAACUGAUGGUUGGAAAGAUAAAUCUAUGACCAAACUACCAUUAUUGAAACGCUUUAAUUUCUCUUCGAUUCCCAACUCAAAGUUGAAGAAAAUGUCCAAAGGUGAUUUCAGUUCGAGCUCUGGGAGACACAACCACAACAACUUGUCUACAAACUCUGAGGAUGUUGAGUUUUCUUCUAGUGAUGCCAUGAUCAAACAGAUAUCUGAGCAGAUAGCCUGCAAUGAUUCUGCAAAAGAAGGAUGUUUUCCCUGUUCGUUGGAUGUUUCUUUCGAACAGGAUUCAUCGUUUGAAGACGGAUUUACGACUUUCAAUUGCAUAGAUAUCGACGAUGGACUUCCAAAGAGCACAGGUGAAGCUUAUCAGCCUAGUCCAAAUUCAGUCCUGGAACCAGAUAACUCAUCAAUCUCUGAUGGUGAUGCUGUUAGCACCGAUCUUCAUGGUUUGUGGAUGAAACUUCAAAUUCUCAAGUCAGAAUCGGAAGAAAACCAGUCUAAACCCGAAAUGGUUACAUUAAGUGACGAAGAUGCUACCGAAAGAUCUUCUCUCGGUGUUGGUCAAAACACGAAGCCCAUUAGAUCUUUUGGACCAAAAGGAAGUCGAGAAUUUUCCUACCUAGUCGACGUGCUGAAUGAUUCCGGUUUUCUUGGCAGCAAAAUGGAGGUAAAUUAUGUGAGAUCGGAAUGCAUGAUGAGCACCUUGCUCUUUGAAACAUUAGAGAAGAAUUACGGGAAGCAAGAAUCGUGGAGUAAGGCCGAUAGACAGCUCUUGUUUGAUCGUAUAAACUCAGGGCUAUCGGAGAUUUUUAGACCACAAUUAGAUUUAAUGAUUUGCUCCAAGCCUUUGAGGAGAAAAAUGGUUACCAUUUUGAGUAGGGAUAUUGUUGAGGAAGAACUAUGGAAUUUGCUACUUGGUCAAGAAAAGGAAGUCAACGGCAACUUAUCGGAGAAAGCGGUCGGGAAGGAACCGUGGUUAGAGUUGGUGGACGAAGUGGGUUCGAUCGUUGGAGAGAUUGAAGCCUUUUUGUUCGAUAAGCUUGCAACAGAGUUAGUCGUGAUUUGAAGAUUAUUACAUUCUUUUUUCUAAGAAACGUACAUGAAAAGUAGGGAUGAGUGUCGAAACGGCUUGUAACGGCUCACCUUUUCGAUGAGCCAUGGUGCACCGGGAUCGGUCACGCUAUACGGGUUACGGGAAGUGAUUAUAUAGAUUGAUUUGAAUGUAAUUUAAGGGUGUAUAGCAACACGUAUUGUGGUUCACUUAUUUAGAUUGAGAGUGGAUAAAGGUCGAGUUUGGUUUGCUUAAAAGAGUUUUCUGUAAUAUAUAGGCGAGUUUGGUUUUCAGGGAGGUAUACUUGUA